AGAUGGUAGUUCCGUACGAGAUGUAAGUCAUGUAACUAUCGAAUCUUAGUUCCAAUAAGGUAUUCGAUUGACACACUAGAUCAGCAGAAAAAUUAUCAUUCGGUUCGUUUCAACUUCUACACACACUUAACGAUUCGUCAAACUCCUAAAUCCUUUAGAGGAAAGGGAACUAAAUCAUUUAAAUCAAAUUAUCCCCUUCAUGCUGCCUGGUACGUUCUCAGCAGAAUGGAAGACGGAGGAUUUUUUGGUUUUGACACUUCUUUGCCGCCUGUCAGGAGAGGUCCUAAGCAAGAGAUUGGCGAUGUUGAACUUGAAGACACCUAUGAUGCCUUAAAUGAUGAAACAUUUGGUGUCAUUAAUGCAGAUGAUGACUGGGAAGAAGAACAUGAAAAAUUGGCUGAGUAUCUUGGGGAAAUACCUAAACAUGAUAAUUCUAAAAUCAAUGUGGAAUAUACCUUGGAUGACUUUGAAGAAUCUGCUUAUCCUGGACCACAGCCUGUUCAUCUGAGGAAUGCUAUAGUCGACAAAAGUGGGAACACUGAAUUUGAAGCAGACAAUGAGGAUGCUGCUAAUGUCGCAGCCAGUGUUUCUCAAAUGUUAUUGGACGAUGAUGACAUUGACACCAUUAUUUCUAGGCCUAUUAACUAUUCUCGAAUGGAAAAUAAGUUGUUUGGACAGAUGUCCCCACAGUCUUCCAUAUUUAACACUGACAUUGUUGGAUCCCCUUCGACACCAUCAAUAUGGUCUACACAACCUUCAGAUAUAAGAAAAUCCUCCGAGGGAAGCCCCAAAGUUGUUUCUGUGAUUUCUAAUGGCAACCAAGUUCCACCAAUCAGAGAGCAUAAUUUGCUUCAGGAGGGAUUAUUCAAGACUGUUGAAGAGCUCGAACGACAUUUACUACAACAACCUAAACGACUGACAAUGGAAGAACUCGAACGAAAUUUAUUGAGUAACAGACCUUUACCUUCGGGAUCGAUUCGCUCGGUGGAAGAAAUUGAAGCUGAGUUAACAAGAGCACACCCACCGCAGCAAAUUGGAAUGAUGCCCCCUCCGCACCUUCAGUCAUAUUUAAGGCUCCCUCCACCUAUGAGCAUGUCUUUACCUCCACCUGUUAGAGCCCCAAUGCCGCAUCCUAUGCACAUGCCAUUACCAAUGCCUUUGCCACGAUCGAAUGGUCCUGCUCCAUUGCCUCACCAACAAAAUUCGCAGUGGAAUCGCAGAAAUCACGAAAAUACUAAUCAGAUAAGCCCGUCUUCAAAUGAUGCAUCUAAAAGCCAUGUGAAUGAGAAACGACAAACGUUUGCUGCUGAAAACUACGACGACUACAAUGGACUGAUGUCAACUAAAGAGAAGCAAUGGUUGAUGAGCAUUCAGAUCAAUCAGUUGAUAUCGGAUAAUCCCUAUGUUGAAGAUUACUACUUUACCGUGCUUCGAUUGAGAUGUCUUGGGAAACUUCCCGGUCGUGACAGUAACGAGGGGCCGAAGCUCAUAAUGCAUGAUAGAGCUAAAGUCGAAUCUAGAACUUACGCACCGACCCAAUUCGCUAACUCGUUAGGAAAACUUCAAGUUGUAACAUACACGGCACCUCGUCGUAUAAUUGAUGUCACGAUAUCCCAAUCAACUCCCGAAAUGGGUCAGGAUCCUCAAGUGGCCGUCAAGGACAUGAGGAAAUUCAAACAAAUUUUGCUGGACAUUGAAAAGAUGUACGUUUGGCUGCUUGACUUAGAAGAUGCUGAAAUGCGAGUCGAAUCGCUACCAAAAGACACGGAACCUGGUCCUCAUCAUCAAGCCACCAUCGAGUAUCAACACAAACUCCAAUCAUUUUUGUCGGCUGGAGAUCGGCUUCAACAGAUUAUGCUCGUCAGGAAGGGAAAGGUUUUGAUUCUUCGGGCUUGGAAUCGAUUUUCACCACAAUUCCAAGAAUUAAUUGUUCGCACGAUUUUGCUGAAUUGUCUUAUUUUGAUUCGGCGCGACAAUAUCGACCAUGUUCUUGUACGUUUUCUACCAUUGGUGAAUGACGUACUGGCUUCGCUAGAAGAUCUUCAAGGUCUUGUCAGUAUGGCACGAUUGAUUGAUGCAGCUCAGAAGAACAGUGGAUACACCAGUGUCACAUCCGCCAAGGUGGGCCUCGACUUCAUAAGUUUGAUUUUGUGUCGAGGGACCGAACUGAUGCCGAAAUGCUCAGACGAACUUACAAGAGGUCAGUGGUCGGCAUUCGUUCACAACGUCGGCAACUCUAUCAUCGCUGCUCCCACAGCACUGAAAUCGGACCUAGGGCUGUUAAAUUUAGAGCACUUUCAACAAGUUGGCAUGGAAGAAUCGAAGCUGAAAGCAUUGAAAAUCGUUUUAGAUACUCUCACCCAUGCUGGACAAGAGGCUUAGAAGAUUGUCUUGUAACAAGAGAGGAAAACAAAAAAACGGUGACUGUUGACAUGGAUAGCUUAUUGCGGGGACCGGAAAAUUCCUUACAGAAUCAGAACACAAAAAUAUCGAAUGAUUUGAGUUGUUUGGCUGUGCUAUGAAUGGACUUAAUUGGUCUAUUCUGACUGUUGUGUUGGCGUCAACUUAUUCGAACUAAAGCACAAUCCAGUCGUGCCGUGCCUUCUUGGCAGAAAAAUGCUCAUUGUUUCUGUAGAUUGUUGUACCUUCUGACUGCUUGCAACCGAACUUGACGUACACAUGCGUUCUGUAAUUAUGGCAAAUACAAGCCCCCAUGAACCUCAAAA